AUGAUGAUUCCCAAUGCAGCGUCGCGUGAACAAGCUUAUAUAUCUUCACUCGCGUCUCAACCAAAAGAUGUCCAUCCAGAUAGGUUAUACGAGAAACUUGAGAUAGUAGGUAAAGGAGCUUAUGGAGCUGUGUAUAAAGGAAGACAUCUUUCCACAGGUCAUAUCGUAGCUCUGAAAAUCAUCAAUCUAGAUACGGAAGAUGAUGACGUUGGUGACAUACAAAAAGAAAUAUCAUUACUUCAACAAUUGAUGUUGGGUGGUGGAACUACAGGAGGUCCAGUUCCAAAUGUAGUGAAAUACUAUGGCAGUUUGAUGGAAGGUCCAAAAGUAUGGAUCAUCAUGGAACUUGCUGAAGGAGGUAGUAUAAGGACCGUUUCACGAGCUAAACCAUUGAAAGAGUUACAUAUAUGUUUGAUUAUAAGAGAGGUCUUGCUAGCUUUAGCUGCACUUCAUAGACACGGUGUGAUACAUCGAGAUCUCAAAGCUGCAAACAUCCUUCUAACGAUAUCACCUUUACGUAUCAUCCUUUGUGAUUUCGGUGUCGCGGCAUUACUUCAAUCGACAACAUCUAAACGAUCUACAUUUGUUGGUACACCAUAUUGGAUGGCACCCGAAGUAGUGACCGAAGGUAGAUUAUACGAUUCAAAAGCGGAUAUAUGGUCAUUGGGAAUCACUUUAUUAGAAAUGGCAUAUGGUGAACCACCAAUGUCAGGUCAACCUGCAGCUAGGGCAGUGAUGAUGUUAAGUGAUCGUAAAAUGCGUGCACCAAGAUUAGAAGGUGAUCAUUGGUCAAAAGAUAUGAGAGAGUUCUUGACUGGUUGUUUGAAUGAAGAACCUUCGGAUAGAUUGUCGGCUGAGGAACUGUUAAAAACGAAAUGGAUAAAACAACAGCAGAAAACCCCUUUGACUGUAUUGAAUGAGUUGAUAGUCAAAUAUCAAGCUUGGAAGGAAUCAGGUGGUCAAAGACAAAGUUUAGCUCCUGGUGUAGGUGCGAAUCUAGAUGACGACGACGAAGACAAUCAAGAUGGUUGGAGAGAUGAUAGUAAUCCAGAUUGGGCUUUUGAUACUGUUAGAUCAAGGAUGAGCAUGCUGGUUGAUCAAAAAGCGGAGGACGGGGAAAUCGCUCUCGCAAACCUAUCACCUCCGACAGCUCGUCCAGCACCUCAAUCGCUACGUCGGCUGUUCCACGAUGAAUCAUCAUCUGAACCUGACCCCUUUCAAUCUUUCGCCAUGCAACAGCCUUCUACUCCACAAUCGUCUUCAGAAGGAUCAUCUUCCGUUGAACAAGCUGGAAGAUUCCCAUCGCCGGAACCUGAAGAGACGAUUCAACUACCACCUGACUCUCCUGAAUCAAUCAAUGGAGGCGGAUUUGAUGGAUCGACUGUCCGUCAAAGACUGAUGGUCCGGAAUGGUAGAUCACCAGAUUCGAUAUCUGUAGACACAGCCAAUGAUCCGAACUCGAAGUCAAGUUUCAUGUCAAAUACGGAAUCACAAACAUCCACUCCAACAGCAUGGAAUAACGAUCCAUUACCGCCUCCCCCAUCAUUGGAAAGAGGAUUGAAACCAAAAUCGAGUCUAGAUACAUUAUCUUCUGUCCCUACAUCUAGAUCACAACCUGAUGACAAUCGAGGCAAACCUGGCUCUGGUCUCGGUCCAGCUAGGAGACCAGGCGGUGGCGGUGGAUCUAUGGGUGAUGGUUUAAGAGGAUUUCAAUUCCCUUUGGUUUCCAAAGGCCCUGUUCUAUCAGGUAGUGGACCUCCUGGUUCACUCGGUUCUGGAUCUGGAUUUGGUUCUGGACCUUCAAAUUCUUCUUUCGGUAAAAUGAAAGCACCAGGAUUGAAUCGAAUGCACUCUGCAGCACCGGCAAUUCUUAUACCGAAAGGUAAUAAUGCAGAUUCACCUAACAGAGGACCUGGACUUGGGAUUGGGCCUGCUGCUGGAUCUGGAUCUGGUGGUAAUAUGGGUCCUGGACCUCUUCCUGGAUUUCCAGCCAGACCACAAAUGAUGAGACAAGCAAGUGUAGCUGUAAUGGAAGGCAGAGGUGUACCAGCUUCUCAAGCUCAUGCGCAAGCUUUAGCUUUGGUUCAAUCAGAAGCUCCUUUAUUAUCUCCAACUAAAAGUUUAGGUAUACCGGGUGCGCUGGGAAGACCGAAUAGUAUGACGAACACCCCCGGAGGUGGGAUAGGUAUGAUGAGAAGUAGAAGUGGAAGUAGAGUUGAUGAAGGUCAAGCUGUUGGUUUAAGGGAGUUAUUAAAAUUCUCAUCUGCUGUACCUGAUUUACCUGAUCUCUUACCUCCGUCACCAAGCACGACCACGACGAAUCAUGCGUUUCGACCAACGCCUUCUCCACUUGCCCAAGGGCUACCUCACCCUCAAUCACAAGUACAAUCGCAACCAUCAUAUUCAUUACCACUGCCUACACCUAGUGUGAGUGGUGGAAGCAGUGUCGUUACCUCUCCAGGUGAGAACGGAAUACCAACCGCGACGACUAUAAUACCUUCUCCUUCAAAUCCCAAUUUCAACUUCCAAGCUGGUACAGGUAUCAGUAUCGGUAUGAACGGAGGACCUACUCUGAAACCCUUAGAUUUGGGUUUGGAUCCAGAUUCAGUCUUCGAUGAAUUAACAAGAACCGUUGAUGAGUUGAAUAUCUGGUUGGACAACGUAAGUAAAGGCCUGGGCGAGGUUUUGAGACCAUUAGAAUUCGGUAGUGAUACAUAG